GCUCAAACGAGUAACCUGAUGGCGCUGCGCUCUCUUGUGAGAAAGAUGCCGGCCCUAGGUCUCAGGUCGCCGGCAGGCCCGCCCGUCCACGCGCCCUCGCCGGCGGCUGCUUCUCGCCGUAUCCUGCCCCACGCUCGUCCCGAUCCUUCUCCGAGGCUGAACAAGCUAUUUGAGAAGCUAGACCAAACGCGUGCCAACGAAGAGAAAGUUUAUAACGAAGCAAGGGCAGUCAUUCGAAACAGUCGGGACAAAUCCUAUAAGCAAUUAAAGGCACUUGCUUAUGGGAUCAAUGGCUUGUCUGUAUAUAUGGUGAUUAGGGAAUGUAUAACGCAAUGUGCUUAGGGAGAUGCUUAGAAAAUUAAACUGUUUUUUUUUUUGCUUAAGCACCUAGUACUUAUUUGUAUCCAAG